GCAGCCAUUAUUGGCGGGACGUUAUCAUGGCGGGAAUGGCGCUGCUCGUGGCUCGAUGUUACCAAAUUUUCGCCAUUAUUGUGGUAACCUUGCUCAUAUUUAAGCUUUGUGUUUGUGAGAAGGAUGGUAGAGAACGUGAGGAUGCAGCCGGACGCAAGAUUUGUUCUUGGAUAUGCCAGGACUUGAAGAAUAACGGGGCAAAGUACACAGGCUGCCUUAGCGGAUGCUUCACGUACGAUCUGUGCCUCAGGAAAAGUCGGAGCAAAAUUAACGCCUCUGCUCAUCAUGUUUGUUAUGCUGAGUGUAAAAGAAAAUGUGACAAGCUUUACGGAAAAGUAUCAUCUAAAUGGUCAGUUUGCAUCUCCGGCUGUGAUAAACUCAGCCUACAGCUUAAAAAGUUUUUUAUGAAUGAUGAAGACGACGUGAAAGGGAUGGAAGCUGAAGAGAGCCUUAGUGAUGAGAGUUUUACUCUACUUCCCAGGGAGUCAAAAGAUCCAGCUAGAGGAGAUAAGAAAUCUACUCAAAACUUUUCCUUCACCCUGGGAGGGUUUGUCAAAACAGAUGUCGAGGCAAAGAAUUUGGUAAAAUCAUCGCAGGUUGACGAUAAGAAGGCUACCAGUGAAGAGACUGAAAAGGCCAGGAAUAUAUCUAUCAAUGUCCGUGGAAUUCUUGGAAACACAUCCACAGCCCAUGAAAAACUCACAUCACUAGGAUUGCAUGGCCCUUCAACUUUAGGGGAAAAGGAGAAUCGAGUAGUAGAGAACAUUUCCCUUAAUGUUCAGGGUAAUAUCAGUCGAAAUGGUACUGCUGUAGAAAUAAUAACUACACCAGUCAUAGGCGAAGAAAAGUUGGCGAUGAGUAAGGAAGGAGGUACGGAUAUUGACAAGAAAGAAUUGCCUUCAGUAACUGAAUCCAAAGUGACCUCUCCUCCGUUUAUCCCAUCGGUGUCUCCAGAAAUUGAAAAGCCUAAGACGGAUGAAAAACGAAAGAAAGGCGAAGGAGGAGGAAAAACUGCUACAAUAGAAAUCACACCAGCCCCAAAAGGAAAGAAAGAUGAAGGAGGAGUAAAAGCUGUUACCACAGAAGUCACACCAGCCCCAAAAGAAAAGAAAGGCGAAGGAGGAGGAGAAACUGUUAUAACCGCAGUCACACCAGCCCCAAAAGAAAAGAAAGGCGAAGGAGGAGGAGAAACUGUUAUAACCGCAGUCACACCAGCCCCAACAGUUUCUCUAGGAAGUGAAACCGAUAAGAAAGCAGAGGUAAAGAUAACAGAAGAAAAAGGGAAGAAAGGUAAAAAGGGUAAGGGAAAGAAAGAAAAAGCUGCUACAACUGGCGAAAAGGAAAAGAAGAAAAAAGGAAAGGGAAAAAAGAAAAAAGGAAAGGGAGAAAAGGAAAAAGAAAGGGAGAAAAGGAAAAAGGAAAGGAAGGGGAGAAAGAGAAGGGUGAAAAGAAAAAGGGCAAAAAGAAGAAAAAGGGAAAAGAGGAAAAGAAAGCCGGGGAGUUAUGAAGGGAAAAAAACGAUGCCAUCCACAAGACACCCUGGCAUAGUCAUCUUUAUGAGAAAUAUCCCAAGUCAGGGUUUUAGGACUCACUAUUGUCUUUGUAAUCAGUUCACCAUGUAAUUUAUUUGUAUAUUUUUGUGCAAGGAAGACCUGCAUAUAAUUCAUUAAAGAAGCUGAGGUGCUUGUCAAACAGCUUUUGUUUCAUCUUCACAAAUGUAAACUGAAUUAUUUGUGCAAUAUUAAAGUUUUUUUCUAGUUCAUUAUACAGUGAGGAUUUUAGUUUUCCAUUUAAAAUGAAAUUAUUUUGUUCUAAAUCUUUUAAGACAUUUAAAGGUCGAAAGUUGUAAACAAAAAAAAACCUUCAAUUUUCAUGUAUAAGUUUUCAUAUAUUUAUUGUUUUGUCACUGCAAAAUUACUGACAUUGAUAGCAUGAUUUUUCUAUGUAAUCUCCAGCUUGACAUUUGUAUUGAUAAAUUUUUAAAGCGA